AGACAGACUUUCUUCUUUCCGUCUUGACAAUGUCCUCCUACUUUGACAUUAAAAAGAACUACCCCUUCUAUGCAGCCUAUCACACUAAUAAGUGGAAUAAGGCCAUCCACAUGGUAUGUGUUCCCCUCAUAUACUCGACAUCCUUAUUCUUGUUAAGAAGUUAUACUCCAGCACUCUAUGGGAAAAUCACUCUGGCCACCCUCGUCCAUGCCUUCUAUGUGUUGAGUUUCCUUUACAUGGAUCUACCAGCAGCGCUGCUUUAUACCCCCAUAAUGAUGGUCAUGUACUUAUUCUCUGCCUUCGUACCGCUAAGAUACACUCCACAAGCGUGGGCUCUCUUCACUACGGCCUGGAUACUGCAAUUCAUCGGUCAUGGUUUCCUAGAGCGUCGCAGACCCGCACUUGUUGACAACUUUUUCCAAUCCAUACACGCUGCCGUCUUCUUCGUAUGGCUACAGGUGAUGUUCCGUGCUGGCUACAAUCCCGACUUAGAUGAUGAGCUUGUACUGCUAACUCAAAAGGAACUGGAGAAGGCUGGUCUGCGACAAAAGGAGAGCAGGAAGGGCGAUAAGAAGGAAUAAAGACUUCCAACGAUAUUGUAUACUCAUCUCCUACUAAGUUGAUUAAUUGUCUCUUCCUUUCGAAAACACUUACCACUCAGUUUGAUUAUGC